CGGAAGAGCCGAUGGGUCUCUGGGCCCGGAGGGGGUGUGGCCUAGGUACGGCGGCCGCGCUGGGCCUGGCUAGUUUGCCGUUCGGUAAAGGUGCCGGGAGCCGGGAUGGGGAGCGAACAGCUCGGCGCUGCUGGGCUCGGCGCGGCGCCCGAGGGCGGCCCCUUCUUCACCCUGGCGGAGGUGGCGAAGCACAACUCGAGCCGCGAGGCCUGGCUGGUGAUCCACGGGCGCGUGUACGACGUCGGCCGCUUCCUGGACGAGCAUCCAGGUGGAGAGGAGGUUUUGCUCGAACAGGCUGGUAGGGAUGCCACAGAGAGCUUUGAAGAUGUUGGGCACUCCACAGAUGCCAGGGAAAUGCUCAAAGAGUACCUCAUAGGAGAGGUUCACCCGUGCGAUCGUAAAAACGAAGGCUCUAAGGAUCCAAACACGACAUCCUCAAGCCAGUCAAGUUUCUGGUCAACAUGGCUAAUCCCCAUCUUCGGCGCACUGGUCAUAGGCUUAAUGUACCGAUAUUACAUGUUGGAUGGGAAAUCUUCUUGAUCUGGCCUCGCUGGAACCUUGAGAAGCAUGAGAGCACACGCAUGCGAGCAAGAGCUCUGGGGUUUUGGGUUUCUUAAACCUUGCGUAUUUUGUUCUUAGCUUUGAGUCUGUCUAGCAAUAGUGGUGUCUGCAAAGCCAAGCUACUGUUAGAGAGUGUCUGUCCAGACUCUGGGAUCCACUGCCCUGUCUCGCAUUCUCUUCAGAGUCUUGUAUGUGCGUUGGGGCAGGGGGUGAGGUGCAGUGUCCUAAUAUUCCAUUCUAUGUCUAGUCUGUCUCGCUGUAAUGAUCAAUCAUGGGUAACGUUUCUUUUAACACCUUUUUGUUAAUCCCAGCAAUGUGGAACAGCUGCUAGCGUGUGAGCCUUUGAAAGGCCUUUCUCUUUCAUGUGAGUGAGCAUUGUCAAAGAAACUGCAAGCUGUCUACAAUCCCAUCCAGCAGAAGUGUUCUGAGCCUGAGCAGAACAGCUUUCCCGGUGCACCCAGGCAACACUAACAGGAGCAGCAGGAAAUUGCUAGCUCUUGUUGUCUCUUCAUAUAUGUGGCUGUUUUUAAAUGGUUAAGCAAAUAUAUAUAUUUUAAAAUUGAUCCAUUUCACUUUGUAAUAUUUGUCUGUCCUGUAAAAUGAGAGCUCACAGCUGUUGUACUUGGGACCCCAGCUCCAUAGGAACUGAUAGCUGGCUUCUUGGAACAGUCUCUUCUCUCCAUCUUGACACACAUUCUUGGGUUAAAACACAUUCCUAUUUAAAACAUGAGGAUGGGCUGGACAAAAACUAUCCCUUCCCUUGUACUGCCUGGGUUCCUGGGGUGGGCUAGCAGGAAGAGUAGCCGUUAGAACUCCCUGCUUGGGAUCGGUGUAUGAUAUUCUGGUUUUCUCUUGGGACUGGAGUGUGGAUGGUCCUGUUUUCCUGUGUCUAUUCCAGAAGUUACCCUCUGCUGCCAGCCCAAACAGGGAAGAGAGGCAGCACAAAGCAUGCUUUACGCAUCAUAAGGCAUUGAUCUUUCCUAUCUCUUCCAGGAGUGUAGUCCUAUGGCUCUACAAUCUGGGGUAACUGCAGUGAGAAAUACAAUACAACACCAGGUAGAAAAGAGGAAUUAGUGUUCUGGUUCCUACCAUCCCUCUGUGAUUUUUAAUGUUUCUAACUUGCUCUGAGACUCUUUCCCAAUUGGGGGCAUAUUGGCAAUGAGGAGAGCACUGGAGCAGAGCUUGUCAUUGGAUAGUAGAUAAGGAAUGCCCUCCUUUCUUUAUUGCUUCUCUUUUUACUGCAUGCUUCUGUCCUGUAUAUGAGAACACUAUCUGGAAGGAGUUUUUUUUUUUUUUUUUUUUUUAAGCUGCUUGUUAUUCCCCACUUCCAUGCAGCCAGUGUGCUCCCCAAAGUUGCUGUUUAGUUGAGUCUUUGAAUUCUGGGAAUUGCAGGCUUGUUUUUUCAAUGUAAAAAGCCAUUAAGUCUCUCUUGAUAGGAAAGAAUGACUAUUCAAAUGGCCUUAACUCCCCUCCAACAUGCGGGAUCCUGUCACUACCACCGCCAUGUCACUCACGUGGCUUAGCACUAAUUAGCAGGCUUUUGGGGCUGCUGCCUCUGAGUCAUCUUCCAUAUCAGGAUUCCUUAGAACGGAAGUAUUAAAAGGCCCAUCUCUUUUUGGUGCAGGACUCCCCUCCUCUGCUGUGGAUUAUGUUCUGUCUUCUAUUGUGAACUGCGGGAGGUAGAAAGGUACCAUCCAUAGUGUGGGGAAUCCUUGCGUUACGGUGUGGUGCUGAGAACUGCUAAAACAGUUUUUAGCCUUUCCAUCCAUUACAAGCUGUCCUUGGUCUGCUGCUACAGGGGAAGGGACUGAACCCAAGGUUAACUUUAACAGUUCAUCAGGUGUGUGUGUGUGUGGGGGGGGUCCAGUUGUACGAGGGGUAUACAUUUGAGCCAAGCACAAUCCAUUGGGAAAGAUCUUGCAAAUAUCCAUGAUUUUAAAAAUAUUUAAAAAGGAUAUAUUGGGUAGGGUUACCAUACUUAACAAAUAAAAAAAGAGGACCCUCCACGGGGUCCUGGCCCCGCCCAUUUCCCAC